AUGUGGACGGCACUGAGCGCUUUCGAGGCCCGAUCGUGGUGCUUUGACAUCAAACAAGUGCCACCGGAGCGGGAACCUCCAGCGGAAUCGUCGCUCGAGGCCAACAUGUGGAUGAUGACAGCUGCGUGGCCGUUUGUCUCUGGUUACUAG